UCAUGUGUAACAGAAUGACGCGUAAAGGAAAAAGGAAAAGUGCUGCUGUUUCCUUGGCUGUAGUUGUUAUUUUGAUGUGUUGUUUGGCGCAAACGAUAGACUGUUAUCGACUGAGGAAAACAGAAAGACGAAAAGGCCGAAAAGAAGCUGAGGCAUCCAAAACGAUAGGCGUCCAUGAGGGGAAAAUUGUGUUCGGGAGGGUCUUUAAGAAAGGGUCAGGCCUUGAGUCACAAGCCAUUGACGGGACCAAGAAGCUGUCCUCAAACGCUUCUAUGGAGGAUGAAGCUGCUUAUCAAGCGGACUUUGCAGGCUGGUCGGAAGGUCAAGUGCAGGAUACCAGUUCCAUAGAAGAAUGGAAGAUCAUGUCGCCCUCUCUGCAUUGUGGUGGUGACCAGUUGAAGUUCAGCGCAGUCGGACCAGGAGCUUCGCAGUUUGCAGUGGAACAAGGAAAUGCUUCUCCAAUGCCUCUGUCCCAAGUCCCUCGCUCUUGUGGCUAUGGCAUGCAGAAUAACCCCCUUGGGCUUGUCUUGUUGGUUCCCUAUGAUGGCUGCAAUGUGGCUCAAGAGGGUGGAAGCUACAUUCUCCCAAUGCGUUGGCAGGGAAUUCCAGUCGUACUCUGGUGUCGUAAACCUGCUUCACCUUCCCCCACAACUGCUGCCCAAGAAAACCAACAUCAGACACCCUGGUACCCUCAAUCAUACCCCCAUGUGAUGCCGCCGCCACCCCAUGUGAUGCUGCCGUCCCCCUAUGUUCCGCCGCUCCCCUAUGUUCCACUCCCCUAUGAGCCACCGCAGGGUGUGCCGCCGCAGGGUGUGCUUCAGUCGACGCCGCAGCCCAAUGUAAUGCAAAGGAGGCUUCAUUUUACGCUGCCAAUGCCCCAGGUGUACACUGCUAUUCCCCAUCAGGUGCAGCCCCAGACUUACCCUGCUAUUCCCCAUCAGGUGCAGCCCCAGACUUACCCUGCUAUUCCCCAUCAGGUGCAGCCCCAGACUUACCCUGCUAUUCCCCAUCAGGUGCAGCCCCAGACUUACCCUGCUAUUCCCCAUCAGGUGCAGCCCCAGACUUACCCUGCUAUUCCCCAUCAGGUGCAGCCCCAGACUUACCCCGCUAUUCCCCAUCAGGUGCAGCCCCAGACAUACCCCGCUAUUCCCCAUCAGGUGCAGCCCCAGACAUACCCCGCUAUUCCCCAUCAGGUGCAGCCCCAGACUUACCCUGCUAUUUCCCAUCAGGUGCAGCCCCAGAUUUACACUGCUAUUCCCCAUCAGGUGCAGCCCCAGACUUACACUGCUAUUCCCCAUCAGGUGCAGCCCCAGACUUACCCCGCGAUUCCCCAUCACGUGCAGCCCCAGACUUAUCCCCAGGUGCAGCCCCAGGUUUACCCCUUGGUGCCUCAGAGAGGCAGGGACUCUGAGUCAGAGAUUCUGCUUUUGGAACUCUAUGACAUCACUCUAUGA